AUGAGAGCCGUGAAGACAGGAGAACGGCGUAAGCCACAUGGCAGUGCUCUUCUUGGAUCGUCGAAGUUGCUCAGUUCCGUGCAAUUUUAUGCAAUCAUAAUCAUAAAUUGGGAGAGGAUGGGAAAAGAAAAACAGUGGGAAGUGAUGGACUCGAGAGUUUUUGAGGCUGCCCAUUUGGGAAAUAUCAAUGCCAUUCAAGAUUUAAUAGACGAGAGUGCUGAUGUUCUGGAGCAAGUCACCAGUUCCAGCCAGAAUUCAGUUCUACAUGUGGCUGCAAGAGCUGGACAGACAGAAUUUGUGUCUGAAAUUUUGAGAAUCAAACCUGAAAUUUUAUCCUACGUCAAUAGUAAGCGGGAUACUGCCCUGCACGAAGCUGCAAGAGAAGGACAUUCGGCUAUUGUGAAGGUGUUGUUGGACAAAGACCAACGCAUUGUUUACAAGGAAGGCCACAUUAAUGUGGUCAAUGACUUGAUUCAAGUCGCUUCCUUGCUUGCCCUCGACUCCGAAAAACCAGACGAGCGGACCUCUCUUCAUGCUGCAUCAACUAGAGGACACGCAGACAUUGUAAAGGAGCUGAAUAAGGCGAGACCUGGGCUCGUAGGAAAAGUGGACAAGCAAGGAAGCAGCCCGUUGCAUUCAGCUGACCACACGGCUAUCUGGAAGUAA